GGCAUAUGCAAACCGUAGGACUUUAAUUAAGCGGUACACGCAAACCCUUUACAUAAUAGGAUGGUGGCUGGUGACAAGUCUAUGUUUGGGUAGGCUUGGUCGGAAUAUAAACUGAUGACAGCCGCAUAAACACACAGCUCCCGCGAUGCCUGUUGAGUGGGGAAAGUAAAGUGAGGUCUCGUGAUGCGAUUGAGGGGCGGGUUAACAACCGACUGAGUCGGUCUGGAGGAGCUAGUCUGAGCUAGUCUCUUGUUUUGAAUCCGCUAGACACCGACUGGAGAAGGUACUGCCUGGUAGGCUUUGAGUAGAAGAUGGCGGAUGUUGAAGGCGACGAAAUUCGGUCGACUCUUCCUUCGGCUUCCCGUAAUGGACCCGCUGCAGGGUCUGUAGUUGGUACGGGAGGCCAAAAUGCUACCCAGGUGACGUCAGGUCCACGGAUGGUUAGAAUUGUAAAGUCGGAAUCAGGAUAUGGAUUCAACGUUCGUGGGCAAGUUAGCGAAGGAGGGCAACUGCGAAGCAUCAAUGGGGAAUUGUACGCCCCUCUUCAACAUGUCAGUGCGGUUUUGCCCGGAGGUGCGGCGGACCGAGCUGGCAUAUCAAAGGGUGACAGGAUUCUGGAGGUUAAUGGGGUAAGUGUGGAGGGGGCUACCCACAAGCAGGUAGUUGAUCUAAUUCGGGCAGGGGAGAGGGAACUGGUGCUGUCUGUGUUGUCCGUGCCUCCGCAAGAGGCUGACGGUCUGGAAGCCGGGGAUGAGAGCGCCGCCCAGCCCAGCUACGACUACAGUGACAAGCAGGCCGUGCCCAUCUCCAUUCCUACCUUCAAGCACGUGGAGCAGCACUCCGAGAGAUUUGUGGUGUACAAUGUGUACAUGUCAGGCAGACAGCUGUGCUCCAAGCGCUACCGGGAGUUUGCCAUCCUGAACCAGAACCUGAAAAGGGAGUUUGCCAACUACACCUUCCCCAAGAUCCCCGGAAAGUGGCCCUUUUCCCUGUCUGAGCAGCAGCUGGAUGCACGGCGCAGAGGCCUGGAGGAAUACUUGGAGAGAGUUUGUUCAGUGCGGGUGAUUGGGGAGAGUGAAAUCAUGCAGGAAUUCCUGUCAGAAUCAGAUGAGAAUUACAAUGGAGUGUCUGAUGUGGAGCUGCGGAUAGCCUUGCCAGACAAGACAACCAUCUCUGUCAGGGUGCGCAAGAACAGUACUACCGACCAAGUGUACCAGGCGUUAGUAAUGAAGGUUGGCAUGGACAGCAUCAUGGCCAGCUACUUUGCCCUCUUUGAAGUCAUCAACCACUCCUUCGUGCGGAAACUGGCCCCCAACGAGUUUCCCCACAAGCUGUAUGUGCAGAAUUACACGUCGGCCGUGCCAGGCACCUGUCUGGCCCUCCGCAAGUGGCUCUUCUCCUCUCAGGAGGAGGAGCUUCUUAGGGACAACCCUCUGGCAGUGCACUACUGCUUCCAUCAGGCAUUGGAUGAUGUGAAAAAGGGAUUCAUCAAAACAGAAGACAAGUCUUACCAGCUGACAAAACUGGCAGAACAGCGCAAGAUGGCCAUGUACCUGAGUCUGCUGCGCUCCUGUGAGGGCUACAAUGAGGUCAUGUUCCCCCACUGCGCCUGUGACUCUCGGAGGAAGGGCCACGUCAUCACGGCCAUCAGCAUCCACCACUUCAAGUUGCACGCCUGCACAGAAGACGGCACGUUGGAGAACCAGGUCAUAGCUUUUGAGUGGGCUGAAAUGCAGCGCUGGGACACUGACGAGGAGGGUAUGGCAUUCUGCUUCGAGUAUGCCAGAGGAGAGAAGAAACCUCGCUGGGUGAAGAUAUUUACACCAUAUUUUAACUACAUGCACGAGUGCUUCGAGAGGAUCUUCUGUGAGCUCAAGUGGAGGAAACAGGUUGAAGAGGAGGCCUCUGACAAAGACAACCAGAACUGCAGUAACAACGAAUAUAUCCCUGCCCUGGAGACACAGAAGGGGUGGCGCCAUCUAGGGGGCGAGAUCGCCACAUCCUAAAGAAAAAAUUCCUCCAGAACUCAAAUUGGUCCUUUCACCACAUCACAGCCACAAUUGAGAACGUCAUCUGCAAACUAAAGUGAAGAGAGAACUAAGGCGAUCCACGCUCCAGCCAGCUACUGGAAACCGAUUUUCUAAAUCACACCAAUCCAGGGAUGCUUACAUACAAGCAACAAAGUAAAACAAAAAAAUAACAAAAAAAAACAUUAACGUCAUAACUAGAUGUUCAUAGAACAGUGUAUCCUUUUUUCUCCAUGCAUCACUUCUCCAACACAGGGCGGGACACCCCACUUUUUGAGGAGACAUUGCGAUUGAUCGCGUUUAACAGAGGGAUCUGCUUUCUGUCUGGAUGAAGUGAACACCUCAACGGGAUCGGCCUGGGGAAUAAAAGUGGGGAAGCCAGACGGCAUCCACGACACAAUUACGAUGGCCAGUUCUGUGAAACGUUUGGUUCCGCGGUCGACUCUUUUCAAUGUGCCUCUGGUCUACUGAGCAUCAUGAAGAAGCGAUGGGAAACAAGAAAAAUGUUGGCCGUGACACCCUGUCGCUGGCAAUAAGAAGCUAAAGAAAAUGAGAGCAAGCAUUGUUUUUCACUGAUGCUGGACAUUAACAGAUUGUUUUGUGUGUGUGUGUGUGUGUGCGUGUGCGUGCGCGUGUGCGCGCGCGCCAAAAGCAUCAAAGGAGAAAGUUGAUUUGAGUUGCAAGGGUUUGUUGUGUCUGUGCUUAAAUGCAGUCUGGCUGUGUUUUAGUAAAUCCCCUCUGAAGUGAUAAGAGAUGAAUAUAAGAAGGGCUUUGAUGAAUUCCUUAAACUAACCGUGCGGAAAGCGACCAGCGGAGUGUCCUCCCUGGCUUUUCAUCCUCACUCUGUUUGCCAUUUUUCUAACAUGUCUAACGCACUCUGGUCUUGAUUGAUGUAGCUUGGCAGCACACCACCACCGGAAGUGUGAACAUUCAUCCCCUUGAAACAUUUACGGCGCCAACUCAGCAGAAAAUCCCAAAGUUUGGAGAUUAAAUUGUGUUUGGCCUAUUCAUCAAAGUGGUGUUGCUGUGUACUGAAUGAAUUCCUGGGUCCGGUCUCAUCAAGUAAGCAUUAGGCGCAACUAGAAACAAGCCAGUAAUUCCCCCACACUGAGUAUUGAUAGGAAUAUUGUGCGUGCGUGUGCAUGCAUGCGUGUGUCAAUGUGAGAGUGUGUGUGUGCUGCAAAGUACAGACAGCAGAGGGCAGUACAGCAUUAUACCCUACCACUAAUUCAGUGUUGAGUGGAAAGAUGGAGAAGGGUCUUCCUGGAGUCCUCGCAGCGAUUGCUCCCCUGGGCUCUGUAACUCGCCCGCUGAGCUCUGCUCUGCUAUUAAUCUAUUAAGUGUGAAGUCUAUGUAUGCGUGUGUGUGGUUGUCUGUGUAUUAGAGAGUGCAUUAAUUAGCUGGCCUGCAGCUUAAAGAGGAUACAGUUAUGACUCUGGCGGUCUCUCUCCGUUGCUGCCCGUUGCACCUCAUGUGAGCGAACACAGGACAUUAGGGUGGCCUUAUUGGGACCCGGCCAACGGGGGGGUUUAGGCUUUUUUUGGCCGACGUAGUGCACUACCUUUGACUGAGGUCCAAAAAGGGGCCGAAGGAGGGUGUGUACGUCAAGAGCAGUGCGCAAAUUGGGGCUCGACCGUGGGCCAAGGUGACGGCUGUGUCGAUGGAGAUGGAUGGGAGGCAUUUCCCCUUCCUAGCGAAUGCUGCCUGGCAGAUCCUUUCAGGCUGUGUAAACUCAGCCCUUGCCGUUCCAUUGCCUCAGCCCCUCCUCCUCGCUGUCUACAGCAGAAACAAUGUUAAAAUAGGUAGUUGGAGAGGUGUACUAUUUGACUUUUUUUCUUUAAAAAAUUAUGAGGAUUAGUUGAUGGUUCAGCAAUGCGUGCCUCCCCAAAAUUGCUGAUGACCAAACGGUAACACUGGUGUGCCCGGGCAUUCUGAGAGAUGGUGAAGAUGUGCUAUUGAGAUGCUCCCUAUUUGUUUUGACAGCCAGAGUAAUAGCCAAUUUAGAGAUGGAUGACACAAUAAUAGUUGAUGCUUUAUCAGCGUACGUGUGCGUGUGCAGUGCAUGCGUGUGUGGUGGUAAGUUUUUAGAGUGAAAGUGACAGUGAGCAGGUGCGUGUGGGCGCCACCGUUCGCCCUGCCAAUGUUCCGUUCCUCCACUCCAGGUUGUGCUACCAUCCACCUAGAGGUGGUUGCCUUGGCAGCACUCCACUGUCUGAGCAUGCCCAGUUCAGCCUCUCCCCUGACCAUGUAACAAAACUGACUCACUCACCCUCAUUCAUAUUUGUUUUUUCGGUAUUUUUAACUGUCCAUGUAUUCUCAUCAGCAAAAAAAAUUGCAUUUGACAGACUUGAAAAAGUACUUAACAGCACGUCCCUAUUUUGUAGCAGGUGCUGUCUGUCAGCGCUCACAUAGAGAAUAGAGUGUGAGAGACACAGGUGCACACCCUGUAAGAUGGAGUUGGUUGUCCUAGUUGUCAGUGGCCCAUCGUCAUAGUAACAGGAGCAGGAGCCUGGGAGAUGCCGGGAAUGCAAAAAAAGACUAAUUCGCCGCUAACUGUAACUGAGUACCUGCGCUUUGUCUUUCUCUUUCAGGCUCUUUAGCGGGUUUACGUUAUGUUGGAUGAGAAUGAUCACGUCUCACCGAUUUGAAUGCAUUUUCCAGCCAAACGCUCUACAUUUUGGUGUGCUCUUACAUGGCCCUGUAAGUAGCUUGACACUUCAUUCAGCCACAACUGCAUUACUAAAAAAGUAAUUGAAAAAAGUGUUUGUAUAGUCACGAGUUACACCACCCUUCUGAAUGCAACAGUCUUGUGACCCCUCAUUGUACGUGGCACAAUGGGGUGUGGUAUUCUACAUUCUGUAUUUCUUUCUGAACGUUUCGGGAACGCUGUGGCCUGCUGAACUCACUCCAGUAUUAAAGGACCUCACUGGCUUUUUUUUACUUAAGCUAGGCGUUCUUAACGACUAACCGACAAGGAGAUGUAAGUGCAGUUUGUGUGUUAGCCUUUUUCUGUCUAGGUGAAUUUGGAUUUCUGUAUCUAUAUGUUUCAGAUGAGCUGGCCUUUUGUUUCAUGGCAGUAGGCAACAUUAACUCCUAGGUGUUUUUUUUUGUCCUUUGUCUUUCAUGUAACGUGUAAAUUAUUGCUAAAAAUGUCCUUUGGAUAAAAAUGCACUCUGUCUCGACUGAACUUAAUUUAUUUCAGAAAAUAGUCUAGUGUGCUAGCAGCACUGUUGGUCAUUUCUUUUGUGUGGGGUAGGGUAUUUGCCUAUUUUGGAAGCAAGCGCUAACUUAAAUAUACAUUGAGUCAAGUUCUGGAAGUCAAAGUGUGUUGCAUUUACUCAUCAAAUUAAAGACAUCAAUUAACAACUGAUACUGAAACACGAAAUGGAAAGUUUUAUAUCUUAAAAUAUAUGAAGGUUUACUAACCAAUGUAAAAAGGAAAAAAACAGGUUUGUCAUGUAGAGUAAUAAAUUGUAACAUUAUUUUAAAUAAAAGGUUAUAUUGCA